AUGGAAGAAAGCAUUUUCUUUGAUGAAGUUUUCUCGGGGGAGGUGGACAUCAUCGAUUCACCAUGGUCAGUGGAUAAUUCACUGUUUGAGGAUGUGUUAACGUGUGAUUUGAACAACGGCAUUACUGACCUGUUUAAUGGCGAAGAAAAGGAUGAGGAUUUUGAAGAUGACGUUGCACCGGUGGUAGAAGCUCAAAAUAGUAUAACACAGAUAAGUGAUGAAGAAAUUAAGAAUCUUGGAGUUCGGGAACUAAACAAACUGCUUCGGGACAUGGAACCAGAGGAAGCUGCAAUUAUACGGCGAAGACGCCGUAACCUUAAAAACCGAGAUUAUGCUUUGAUCUGCCGCCAGCGGCGACUACAGUUACACGAGGAUCUCAUCAACGAGAACAAGCUCUUGAAAAGACAGCUGGAGGAUGAUAGAGAGAAGCUUCGAAAAGUUGUACUAGAGAGAAAUACAUACAAACGCAAAUUACUUCAAUUGCAGUCUGUUUGCAGAAAGCAAUUUGUGCUUGGUCUGGUAUCUACCAUGUAA